AUGACACUCCCUCAGCGUUUCUGGCAGUAUGCCAGGCCUGUCACAGUCGCAUUUCUGUUGGCAGCUGUGCUAUACUCCGCGCUUGUGGUCAAGCAGCCAGCAGCCACAACCAACAGGCUUCACUCACGCCAGCUGGGACUCUACACCCACACGAAUGCUUCAUACGCCCGCGAUCUUGGCCAUUCACAGUACCUCUACACCCGUGAUACCGACUACACGGGCUGGCCAGCGCUAACAGCAGCUUCCGACGACGAUUACGCGGUUGCUAAGAAGAGGGGUGAACUCCUCCUCUGCUGGCUCGAUAACCCUGAAGAAGUUCCUCCCGAGAAAGGUACUAGCCCGUGGAACAACUACGAUGAUCUCGAGACGUGGGGAUGGGAGGAUAAAUCUAGAGACUGGACUGGAGGUGAAAGGGAUCCAGGAUUGAAGGACAUUUUUGAUAAUUCGGAAAUCAAUCGUGAUGCCAAGGGGGACAAGAAAGCGGUCUUUGAGCAUACCAGAGAGCACCCAGCAGAGGGGGGACAGAGAUACCCUGCCACCGGCGCGAAAUACGAAAACUACGUCUAUCCUCGGCACGGUCUUCUCGUCGCAGAGUACAAUUACGGCCCGGAUAGAAGAAUCGAAUCAUUGAUCAGAAAGGGGACAUGGGAUACCUCGACGAUGUCCAAGCCAAAGCUUUUUCAGCUCUCGGAUGUCAUGUGGCUGGGUUGGGCCAAAUAUACGACUGACGACAAUCGAUCGAACCUUCAGAUCAUGGCCGUCCACCAGGUCGGCAACGAUCCGACCAAGGCUAUGAUGGCUAAGAUCAUGAAGGCAACAGUCCCCAGCAAAGGACCAAUGUUUCUGGGAAGGGCUCCACAGUAG